AUGAGAAAAUUCGAUCUGUGGCCGAUCUUUUUUCGCCGGGAAUGGAGCCGCAACUGGCCAUUCCUGGUGGGUUUUGCCGUCACCGGCGCUAUCAUCACCAAGAUGUCCCUCGGCUUCACUGAGGAGGAUGCAAAGAACUCUCGAUUUGCGCAGAGGCAUAAGAAUUGAAUCUCAUCUUCCUUAAUCUUGCUGCUGAAUG